CAGCUGCCCCUACAACUACCACAGAGGAUCAAACAACAACCACAGCUGCAGCUACAACUACAACACAGGCUCCAACAAUAACCAGAGCUGCUCCCAAUACAACCACAGCUAACCCAACAACUACAACAGAGGCUUCAACAACAACAGCUGCUCCUACUAUGACCACAGCUGCACCUACAACUACCACAACUGCUCCCAUUACAACAACAGCCGCCCAAACAACUACCACAGACGCUCUACCUACAACAACAGCUGCACCUACAACUACAACAGGUUCUACCGCUACAACCAAAGCUGCACCUACAACUACAACAGGUGCUCCCACUACAACCAAAGCUGCACCUACAAUUACAACAGAGAUUCCAACAACAGCAACAACGGCUGCUCCCACUUCGACCACAGCUACACCUACAACUACAACAGAGGCUCGUAAAACAACGGCUGCUCCCACUGCGACCACAGCUACACCUACAACUGCAGCAGAGGCUCCGACAAGAACCACAACUGCACCUACAACUACAACAGGUGCCCCCACUACAACCACAGCUGCACCUACAACUACAACAGCUGCUCCCACAACAACCACAGCAGCCCCUACAACUACCACAGAGGAUCAAACAACAACCACAGCUGCAACUACAACUACAACAGAAGCUCCAACAACAACCACAGUUUCUCCCACUACUACCAACGCUUCUCUCACUACAACCAAAGGUGCACCGACAAUUACACCAGAGGAUCCAAUAACAACCACAGCUGCUCCCACUACAACAACAGCUGCACCUACAACUAUCACAGAGGCUCCAAAAACAACCACAGUGGCACCUACAGCUACAAAAGCUUCUCCCACAACAACCACAGCUGCCCCUACAACUACCAGAGAGGAUCAAACAACAACCACAGCUUCACCUACAACUACAACAGAGGCUCCAAAUAUAACCACAGCUGCACCUACUAUUACAACAGAGGCUCCAACAACAACGGCUCCUCCCACUACGACCACAGCUGCUCCAACUACAAGCACAGCUUCUCCCACUACGACCACAGCUGCUCCAACUACAACCACAGCUACCCCUACAACUACUACAGAGAAUCCAACAGCAACAAGAGCUUCUCCCACAACGACCACAUCUGGUCCAACCACAACCACAGCUUCUCCCACUGCAACCACAUUUGCACCUACAAAUUCCCCAACAACUACCUCAGAGGCUCCAACAACAACAGCCGCUCCUACUACAACAUCAACUGCACCUUUAAUAGCAACAGAGUUUCCAACAACAACCACAGCUUCUCCCACUAAGACCACAGCUGCCCCUACAACUACCACAGACACUCCAACAACAUCUGCAACUUCUCCCACUACAACCACAGCUGCCCCUAAAAAUACCACAGACACUCCAACAACAUCCACAGUUUCUCCCACUACUACCACAGCCACCCCAACAACUACCACAGAGGCUCCAACAACAGCCACAGCUACUCCCAGUACAACCACAGCCGCCCCAACAACGACAACAGUCGCCCCUACUACAAUCACAGCUGCACCUACAACUACAACAGGUGCCCCCACUAAAACCACAGCUUCUCCCACGACUACCACAGCUACUACCACAGAGGAUCAAACAACAACCACAGCUGCAACUACAACUACAACAGAAGCUCCAACAACAACCACAGUUUCUCCCACUACUACCAACGCUUCUCUCACUACAACUAAAGGUGCACCGACAAUUACACCAGAGGAUCCAAUAACAACCACAGCUGCUCCCACUACAACAACAGCUGCACCUACAACUAUCACAGAGGCUCCAAAAACAACCACAGUGGCACCUACAGCUACAAAAGCUUCUCCCACAACAACCACAGCUGCCCCUACAACUACCAGAGAGGAUCAAACAACAACCACAGCUUCACCUACAACUACAACAGAGGCUCCAAAUAUAACCACAGCUGCACCUACUAUUACAACAGAGGCUCCAACAACAACGGCUCCUCCCACUACGACCACAGCUGCUCCAACUACAAGCACAGCUUCUCCCACUACGACCACAGCUGCUCCAACUACAACCACAGCUACCCCUACAACUACUACAGAGAAUCCAACAGCAACAAGAGCUUCUCCCACAACGACCACAUCUGGUCCAACCACAACCACAGCUUCUCCCACUGCAACCACAUUUGCACCUACAAAUUCCCCAACAACUACCUCAGAGGCUCCAACAACAACAACCACAGCUGCCCCUACAACUACCACAGACACUCCAACAACAUCUGCAACUUCUCCCACUACAACCACAGCUACACCUACAACUACCAGAGAGGCUCCAACAACAAUCACAGCUGCACCUACAACUACAACAGGUGCCCCCACUAAAACCACAGCUUCUCCCACGACUACCACAGCUGCUCCCACAUCAACCACAGCUGCCCCU